AUGUCUGAUCCUGAGAUGGACCGUCUCCUGAAUGAGAUGAGUGACCUUGUCGAUCAGGCUGAACAUCAAGCUCACCUCAAACAGCUCAUUAGCAUGCACCAGGAAGCAGAACCAUCCACCAGUAAUCCAUCCACCAGUCGGUCAUCAAACAGCAAGCAAGAUGUUAGGUGGAUUAAGAGGGACAGUGAUGGAAACAUUAUUUACGGCAGGCCCAGAUCAUCCCGGAAACAAGCAGAGUCCUUCCUUCAAGAGCUUAAAAGCUCACUGGGUGAGGACAUACAUGAGGAUGAAACGGCACUUCAAGCCUCAACAGACUGGUCGACCCGAAAGAGCCUCAUAUCAGGGUGGUGGGAGAAAGAGAGACCCCGACUGGUCAACACCUUGGUGGCUCGACAACAUGCGGCAACUCGGAUCUGCCAACAUUGUGGAAAUGGUCCAGCCGUUAUCCGUUGUUCUGACUGCCGACCACACCCAUUCCUCUGUGGCCAGUGUGAUGUCAGGGUCCAUCGAGGUCAAGUGUUCCACAACAGGGAUUCGAUGACACAUGCAUUUUUUCAUCCAUUGCCUCCCACAACUUGUGUUGUGGAGAGAGUUCUAACCCAGUGUGAGCGUCUUGUACCUUUGGAGAUGCCAGAGACAAUAUGCGGUUGUCUACGAGUAUCGUCCAGUGUCAUCGCAGGACAGUCCAUAGUUGUGGUUACAAUGAAUGGGCGAUAUGAUCUCAGAUUGCCUCAGAUUAGAUGCAAAGCAUGUGAAGCCACUUGGAGUCCUGGAGUGGAUGACCUGAUCCGCAAUGACUACUGGCCUGCCACUUCUCACUAUUCAACUGUGUACGCAACAGAUGUCCUUUUUUCUUUUGAAGAGCUGAAGAUGGCAGCACCAGGGAUGUCUAGCCAAGCAUUUCUUAGAAUGCUGGAUCAACGCACUGUUCGCUUUGGCCGUAGCGGAAACUUCACAGCAGACAGCUUCCGGAAAAGCUUCUUGGAGUGGGAAGCGGUCCGAUUCGAAGUGGACAAAUUAUGCCAGGAGGACCACUUUGACUGCCCAGCGUGCAGCCCAGACAUGCUUGCAGUAUCCGUUGAUGGAAACCGUAAGCACUACAGAUUCAAGAGUGCAGCAAGAUCGGAGGAAAUAGCCAUCUUUGAUGGCGUGUUCAUUGCGAAUGAUGAUGACGUCGCAAGAUUCGUGGACUAUGUCCAUACCUCAACCAGUUAUGUAAACUUGCACAACUUCACUAUAUUUACCUAUAAAACACCACGUCCUACAGAGGACUUUGUUUGA